AACGAAGAAAGCGUCAGUCGAACGUAGUCGAUAAGCGCGUGCGCUCGCCUACAACCGAACCUUAUAGGUUAGAAUUGGCGCGUUUUCGCCGGCCAGGUGUUCCGCGUUUGCCGCCCUCGCUGCACAUUCCGUCCCUUUCCCGCUACCUGACAGCUGUUUUCUCUCGGGAGAUUAUUAGUCAGAUGUUUCUUUGAACCAGUCGAAGCUCACCUGACUCGUGACCAUGGCCGCCGGCGGACGUACACCUAAGCAGAGAAGAUUCGACAUCACCUCGAGCAUGGCGCUGAGGAACCUGAACGCUCAGAGAAGGAGACGAGGAAGCUGUAAAUGUUUAUUCGGCGCACCGGACAGAGAUGAAACGAAACGUUUGGUAGCGGAGCAGUACGACAGGGAUAGGAAGCGCUUCAUCAGGCGAUUCAACUUCGACGUGGAUACGGAGUGCUCGUAUCGGCCCUCGAUACUGGACUCACCGGUGAAAUUUUGUGAUGAGGAUAAGGAGAAUAGUCCAAGGACUGGAACGGAGGCUUUGGCUUGUGUUGAGAAUACAGACUUGCGAAUGUUAGGGUCGCCGUCGAGGAGAAGUGCUGGUAGCUCGCCGCGGACUCCUACUCGAACGCCUCGAACUCCAAAAACACCAAAAGCGUCCCGAACACCGCGGACACCGCGAACACCGGCGUCAAGGAGGCAACUGCAGAUGACAGAUUAUUGGACGCUGAGGAAGCAUUCGGAGUCUGCGUCAAGUGAUAAAGAGAACUAGAAGUAUCUCAUCGUGAUAAAUAAUAAUUAAUAAUAAGUUAUUACAGAGAAACCUUUAUAUUAGUGAUAAGUAAUUAAGAUUAAAGCAAAUGAACGCUAUUUUUGGAUAUCAGAAAAUUGAGGCUAGAUCAUUUCAAAAUUCAACAUCUUAUUUUUUAAUGUUAGCAGCAGCGACUACGGGAAAUUGUAGUUAUUAAUAAUAUUGUAUUUCAAAUAGUGCCAGU